AUGGCGCUUCCCUCUCUACGACUCCAUUACGAGCCAAAUCUGCAUCGAGCGCUCUUCCAGGACGCCGGAGACUUAUCCGUUUCUCACCUCAAUCCAGAGCUACUAGCGUCUUUUAUUGCGGAUCCUGUUGGGUCGACUGUCUCCCUGCGCGACUUGUACCGGCGCCGAUCACGAGGCGAGGCGAACGAGGAACUCCAAAGUCACAUACGUGUCCUGUUGCAUCUGCUCAAGUUCCGCCUGGACAAUGUCCCGUUCGAAGAGGAUUGCGCACGCGUGCUACGCGUGAUCGAAGAUUAUCAGGUUUUCCCCUUGCUUACGGAAGUCCUAUUGAACGACGACUUCUUUCGCGAGGAUGUGGACUUUGUUGUUCACAUUCUUGAGGUGGUAUACAGAGCCUUGUCUCUUGGCCAUCAUCUAGACGCUCCUCUGAAUGGACACUGUAUGGUGCUAUCUUCCGUUUUUUGUGAGAGCGUGCUUCGUGGGCACUCGUGGUUCAAGGACGGCUUGCACGUAGCCAGUGGGACGUCACGUUAUGACGCCAGUGUUCUCAUCCACAGGGCCCUCAUUCCAAACAUACUUCUAUUAUUAUCCGAGGAGCUUUUCAGUGAGACCCAGGGUCUACGGCAGGCAUGCCUCCUCGGCUGGAUUACGAACCCUGUUCUCGACGAUCCCAAGUAUAAUACCCCUAUCCUGUCUAUUGCUAUGCUGCAGCAUGUGCUCGCGGGGGUCGAUGUUUACCCCUCCCAAGUCGAGCAACAAGAGGCUUUUUGCGCCUCAAUCAGCCAGUAUAUCAUCCCUACGUUUGGGGGGGAUCUCUAUCUACGGCAGGUGGCGAAGAUGUUGCGCAACGAGGCUAUCUUACAGGACGACAUUCUCGAAUUGAUGUUACCAGUCACAAGUCUAUCGAUCAUCAGUCACCCUAUGCUGCUUACGAACUCCACCCUGUCGGAUGUGCUUAUCGCUAUGCUCGAUAUAUAUGGCCAGCAGGCAAUCAAGUCUGUCUAUCAUCGGGAGCGUCGCGUUGUGUUCGAGUUUCUCGACAUAUGCACGCGUCUCAUGCCACAUGCGCAGAACAGCGCUAGCGCUCGCUCCUCCAUUACUACUAUCACUCGCGAUGGACGGCUUUUCGAUGUCCUAUCGCGGGCGCUUUGCAUCUUUGUCACAGACCCGCUUUUGAUGGACGGCGCUGCACACGGCUCCAAAGGCUAUCGUCAGUCUUCCAGACGUCUUGUGUGCCAUGAACGCGCCUCUGACACAUCCCAGAUGUCUGCCAAGAGUACCUAA